CGUCGUGGGACAGAGAGUGAGCAGGGACGGUCAUUCAUCCCUGCAGCUGGAAGACGAAGAGAGAGGAAGAGGAAGCUGCAGCAGAACGAAGAACCCUGGAUGGCUGUCAAAGGGCUAGUCUACCAUAGAUGAUUAUGUACAGAUAACCGACACACCAGCGUAGUCCUACACUGUGGAUCUAUCAGCCUCGAAUAAGCUAUGGAUUAACCCGUCGUUGCCCUGUGAGUAUUAGCAGCUCGGCUACCUCCUCAGCGCCAGUGGAUUACACAGAGAGACGCGAUGGGCUGCGUCUGCAACGCCACCACCGCCGCCUGGAUGCCUUCCAGGGGCCGACCGGGCGACAACGCCGCCACACUGCCGCCCCGCAUUUAGAUGGCUCCCACGUUUGGGGUGCACUCGCAAAACAGGUGUCAGGGAAGUGUCGUCACGAACCCCGGAAGCCGGAGGUGUGAGACCUUUCAGCGGAGAUGGCAGCGAAAUCUGACGGCCGGGGGGUCGUGCGGGGAUUUGCCCAGCUGCACAACCUGGACGAGGUGGUGGGGGCUGGGGAGCAGGACCCGAGGGAGGGCAGCUCCUUCCACAUCUGUCACUGCUGCAACACCUCCUCCUGUUACUGGGGCUGCCGGAGCGCCUGCCUGCAUUACCUCCGCGGUAAGGGGAGGGGGAGAGGGGAGAGGGGGGGAGACGCAGGGCCGGGGCCGCAGGAGGAGCGCCUGUGGCUGGACUGUCUGUGGAUCGUUCUGGCUCUGCUGGUCUUCUUCUGGGACGUUGGGACGGACCUGGCCCUGGCCAUACACUACUACCACAGGCACGACUACCUCUGGUCCGGCCUGACCCUGUUCUUCGUGCUGGUGCCCUCGGUGCUGGUCCAGAUCCUGAGCUUCCGGUGGUUCGUUCAGGAUUACACUGGAGGUGGCCUGGGCUCUGUGGAGGGGCUGAGCAACCGCAGGGCCGUGACCGGGCUGAGACGGCAAGGCCGGGACCGCUGCUGUCUUCUCUCUGUGUGGCUCUGGCAGACCAUCAUACACAUCUUCCAAAUGGGACAAGUGUGGAGGUACAUCCGCACCAUGUACCUGGGCAUCCAGAGUCGUCGUCAGAAGGAGAACCAGCGGCGUUUCUACUGGGCCAUGAUGUAUGAGUACGCCGACGUCAACAUGCUGCGUCUGCUGGAGACCUUCCUGGAGUCGGCCCCUCAGUUGGUCCUACAGCUCUGCAUCAUGAUCCAAAGGAACCAUGCUGAGACUCUUCAGUGCAUGUCAGCGAUGGCCUCCCUCCUGUCUCUCUCCUGGGUCCUGGCCUCCUACCACAAACUCCUCCGUGACUCCCGGGAUGACAAGAAGAGUAUGAGCUACCGAGGGGCCCUGGUGCACCUGUUCUGGCGCCUGUUCACCAUCUCCUCCCGUGUCCUCUCCUUUGCCCUUUUCGCCUCCGUCUUCCACCUCUACUUUGGCAUCUUUGUGGUGCUCCACUGGUGUGCUAUGGCCUUCUGGGUAAUACACGGUGGCACCGACUUCUGCAUGUCCAAGUGGGAGGAGGUUCUGUUCAACAUGGUGGUGGGCGUGGUGUAUGUGUUCUGCUGGUUCAACGUGCGAGAAGGCCGGACACGCUACCGUAUGGUGACCUACUACACCGUGGUGCUGCUGGAGAACGCUGUGCUCACCGCGCUCUGGUACGCCUACCGCGACCCCACCACCACCGACGCCUACGCUGGCUCUGCCCUGUGCGGCGUCUUCCUGUGCUUCGCCUCGGGCGUGGCCUGCAUGGUGUUGUAUUACGGGGUCCUGCACCCCAUGGGACCCAGGCUCCGGGUUCUGGCCUCCUCCUGCUGCGCCGAGCUGCUCUGGGGCCUCCCACUGCCCCCUGAGGCCGAGCCAAUGGCCCCGACACCGGGUCCCCGAGGCUCCCAGGCCACUCCGACGCGGGCCCUAGCGGGGGAUUACGCAGACGGGGAUGAGGAGGCUACCGACACCUGCCUGCCAGUUUUCCAGGUGAGGUCCACGGAGCCGUUGGACGCGGCCGGUAGACCCAUCCGGCCCGAGGGGCCUCUCAUCAAGAUAGACAUGCCCAGGAAGCGCUACCCGGCCUGGGAUGCGCACUUUGUGGAUCGACGGCUGCGCAGGACCAUAAACGUGCUGCAGUACAUCAGCCCCAACGCGGUGGGCAUCAGGUAUCGAGACGGGCCACUCCUCUAUGAGCUCCUGCAGUACGAGUCCUCCCUCUGAAGACGACCCGUCUGAUCCCAACCUCCUCUCUCUCCUCUCCCACUCACUGCAUCUGCUCCUUCAUCUGGUGCUCCUCCUCUUCCUCUCCGUCACCCAGGUCCCACACAGGACUGCUGUGUUGUCAACAUCUACCGAGGUGCUGUCAAGACUGUAUACAUGAAUACAUAUUAUCAUAUUUUAUUUUGGAAGAACAAAACAUGCAGAGAAAUAUAAACCCAACAUAAAAGAUACAUAGAUUUUCAAAAAUGGGAUAUAAAACCCCUGUUGUUGGGGAGCUAUCUGUCUGUCUGUCUGAGUCUGUAAAUACUGUCUGUCUGUCUGAGUGUGUGUAAAUACUGUCUGUCUGUCUGAGUGUGUAUAUACUGUAUGGCUAGGAUGUGCGUUCAUAUACUGUGUUGAUGAUGAAGAUGAUAUUAAUGGUGGGGGACAUGUUUUUCCUGUCGCACAUGAAAGGUGCAAAGCCUGAUGGGAAUGAUGGAGGAAGGUUGACGCAAAGGCAGUCCUUUGCACCCAGAACCUAAACCAACUGCCAUAUCUUCACACAAUUAAAUUCCUGCAACACAAAUGAUAGUCUGUCCAAUGAUAGAUCUGUCCAAAUGAAGUAGCAUCAAACCUCUAGUUGAAAAGCACACUUGGUGAAAUUACAAUAGCACAAAAAAACAAACAGACAUUCAAAAUGUCUACAGCAACAUGCGACUAUGAAUGUUCAUCUAUUCCUUCCUCCCUCCCCUGGGGAUGUGUUGCAUCACACACUUCUUUCUGCAGAGGGAGUCCCUGAGCACAGUUCUAGGACCAGAACUCCAUGUCCCAAUCCUAACUUAAACUGUUUACGGAGGAAAAAGCAAACCUCACCUUGAAUCAGUGCUUAGGUUUCACCAUAGUGUAAUAAAAGGAGACAUCUGCUGGUAGCAGAGUGUAAUUGCACGCUAGAUUUGGUUAUUCAUAUGUAUGGUGAAACACUGAAUUCAGUCACAUCCAGUUUAAGUUAAAACUGUAGCCAAUAAGAAGAGCAUUAAACUUAUAUACAACUCUGAUUUUGUAGCACAGGCACAGAAGAGCACAACAUUUUGAGAGGUGUGUACACCUAUAGCACCAUUACAACAUUCCAAAACAACUUUUCUUUCAACAAAUAAAUUUGAAUUACAAGUCAAGUGUUUGAAUACAGCACAUCAACAGUUGGCCGUUGAAAAGAAAAGUAUGAAUCCGCAGAUCAUGAAGUGACAAACAAAGGGGUGGGUCAAAGGCUGUCUCCCACUGUUCCUCCAGCAUUCUCUGUCGUCCGCUAGGAAGAGGAUGUUCUGUCCUCCACACUCUCUUAUGUUCCUCAUUUGAAUUCCGUCACUGAGGUAUUUCGCUUAAACAAUAAGCUCAUCUGGUGCAAAUACUUGUCAAUGGGUUCUCCAGUCGGGAAUCUAUGACAAGUGUGAGUUGGUACUUUAUUUUGUGUUACGCUUUAGUCCUGUCCGGGCCCCUUUCUUUAGUACUCGUUGAAAUUAUGACAACGAUGAGUUGACUGUAUACCUGGAUAUUUCUUCUGUUAUUUUUUUUACUCAAAAUAUUGCGGUGUGUUGUUAAAACGUGUGCUCGUCACCCAGUGUGCUCUAAAAUAGGAUACUGUCUCUAGGGAGAACAGGGCAACUGUGCUGGCUACUGCUAGUUUAAAACAAAGCCAAAUAUUAGUACUGUCUCCCCUAGACCCUAGCCCCGGAGCGUCUAACUUUCAAACCUGCCAAUUCCUACAGGUGUGUCACGUCUCCAUUCGCCGCAGAGUCGACUGACGCUAGUGCACUAAGACCCUCCGUCCACAAGGAGGCGCCGUUCCCAUUCCUGAGAAAAGAAAAAAGGAUAAAUCUUGCCUUCUAUGGUCAUAUAUUUGAGCUUGACAUUAAGACCGCUAACCAAUCACAUCACAUCACAGGUUAUGGGCAAUGCAGUUUUUAAAAGCACGGUUUUCACACCUGCAAAGACGCUUGCAAAUGUCGGCCAAUAACAAAUUGACUCCAAAUCCUGCUUGCAGAUUGGCCUUGGGGGGGCAGUGUCAUUGGCCUACAACAUACGGGUUUGGGGGGUUAGUCAGCGAAUGUAUUUGGCUGAGGUGGAGGGCCAGAAAAUGCGUUCCUUCUGGCGCGUUAGAGUUCCAGUAUAGACUUCCUGGUUUGGUCAGCAGUGGGACUAGAACCAGAAGGGUCUGAUGUCAGGACACUGGAGGAGCUGCGAUUAAGCAUUGGGGAGAGAAAUAGUGUAAAAGUAAAAAAACUAAAAUGUCUUAAUGUCUUUAAAAGCUGCAGUGCCAAUUACCUGUCAUGGGACUGAAUUCUGGCUUAAUAUCCAGAGAGGGCUAUUACAAAAAAAAUGUGGGAAAACCUGAAUGAAUGCAUUUCAUAUUCCAGUCAGUCUUCUGGAUAUAAGAGUCUUUUUUACAAUGUGUGGCAUGUUAACAGUGUUAUGUAUCUAUUGCUACUGUACUGAUUUACUGUAGAUACCUACUUGGAGCACAGCAUGGUGAGGGUCUGGGAUCUCUCUGACUCCUCAGGGUCAUGCUGAGGUCACAUGUUAAGGGUCAGAGGUCAGGUGGGGUGGAGAGAGAGCGAGAGAGACAGGGUGAGGGGGAAUUGCCAGGAGUGGAAAAGAACCCGAGGACAAAUUGCGUGACAGGGAUGUAUGCGUGUGUGUGCCUGUGUCUAUGUGUGUCUUGCCGACGGUUUGGCUCCACCCAUGGUUGCUGCUCCGCCCUCUCAUUACCCUCCCAUGGUGCCGUUCCUAUGACAACUUUCACUUCCUGUCCCUAGGUGGUGAACAGUGGGGUUGUCAUACCAACCUACACUUCCUGGUUACUAAUCAGAGGGGUAGGCGCUGAGUGAUUUGAGAUCCUGAACUGAAGGUGCACUGCCAUGAUGAUGUAUGGAAACACAUAACCUGUUUGUUAGGGAACAACAAUAACAUGACAAUGUAUGGAAACACAUAACCUGUUUGUUAGGGAACAACAAUAACAUGACGAUGUAUGGAAACACAACCUGUUUGUUAGGGAACAACAAUAACAUGACAAUGUAUGGAAACACAUAACCUGUUUGUUAGGGAACAACAAUAACAUGACAAUGUAUGGAAACACAUAACCUGUUUGUUAGGGAACAACAAUAACAUGACGAUGUAUGGAAACACAUAACCUGUUUGUUAGGGAACAACAAUAACAUGACAAUGUAUGGAAACACAUAACCUGUUUGUUAGGGAACAACAAUAACAUGACGAUGUAUGGAAACACAUAACCUGUUUGUUAGGGAACAACAAUAACAUGACGAUGUAUGGAAACACAUAACCUGUUUGUUAGGGAACAACAAUAACAUGACGAUGUAUGGAAACACAUAACCUGUUUGUUAGGGAACAACAAUAACUCUAGUCAGUCUAAAAUCUUAAGUUUCUCCUGGUGAGUCGACUAACAAUUCAAGCAUUCAACCAUUCUGGAGUGUAGCUUAAUAGCUUAAUUCUGGAAUGUAGGUUUAGACUCCAAACAUCUGGAAUGUAGUUUAAGACUCCAAACAUUCUGGAAUGUUGGUAAAGACCCCAAACAUUCUGGAAUGUAGGUUAAGACCCCAAACAUUCUGGAAUGUAGGUUAAGACUCCAAACAUUCUGGAAAGUAAGUUAUGACUCCAAACAUUCUGGAAUGUUGGUUAAGACCCCAAACAUUCUGGAAUGUAGGUUAAGACACCAAACAUUCUGGAAUGUAGGUUAAGACUCCAAACAUUCUGGAAUGUAGGUUAUGACUCCAGACAUUCUGGAAAGUAGGUAAUGACUCCAAACAUUCUGGAAUGUAGGUUAAGACACCAAACAUUCUGGAAUGUAGGUUAAGACUCCAAACAUUCUUGAAUGUAGGUUAUGACUCCAAACAUUCUGGAAUGUAGGUAAAGACUUCAACCAUUCUGGAAUGUAGGUUAAGACUCCAAACAUUCUGGAAUGUAGGUUAAGACUCCAAACAUUCUGGAAUGUAGGUUAAGACUCCAAACAUUCUGGAAUGUAGGUUAAGACCCCAAACAUUCUGGAAUGUAGGUUUAGACUCCAACCAUUCUGGAAUGUAGUGUAAGAAUACAACCAUUUUGGAAUGUAAGUUAAGGCUACAAACAUUCUGUGUUCUGAAGUGUAGGUUAAAACUACAACCAUUUUGGAAUGUAAGUUAAGGCUUCACACAUUCGGUAUUCUGGAGUCCAAGUUAAGGUUACAACCAUAAAGCCUAUAGUGAAUUUCAGCCGUUACUAUGAAGAGUAGCUGGGUCAGUGCCAGUAGAAUGUCAGACUCACUGAUCAUCAUGUGUAUUAUAGACCUUCCUUCCUGUCUGUAUGCAAAUGAUUCUCCUUUGUUUUGGGUUAGACAGUCAUCCUGUUUUAAAUUUUGAAUAAACAACAGCCAAGCUUUUACAUCACAGCAAACCAACAAACAAACGGAUAAACAAAUAGUUCAAAGCAGGGAUUGGUUCCUCAGGACCAAUAGAAUCAUCUCCACUGGACCUGCUGACUCAGGGGGCUUUCGGCAGGGCAGUGGUCCACGGUCUGAAGUAGUGCAACAAGUAGGGAUUAGGGUGCCAGUUGUGCCGUGACCACGACAUGUCCUCACCAAACUCCGGCCGUCUCCAAACCACAAUGCAUUAUGGUACACUGUUAUCUCCAGGGAUGCAACCAGAUUGUUUCUUAAUUUUUAUGUGAGAUGAUAUGUUCCCAUGUGUUAUGGUCUCAUGUGAGAUCAUACUGUCUGUUCUUAUUAAAGAUGCAUUCUGUGAUUUUUGACCACCAGUUUUAGUAGCCAUGUCGGGCCAUGUUGGGCCAGGAAAUUGUAUUCCAUGUCAUGUAUGUGCCAAUUUGUGCCCCAUUUCAACAAAACCACGUGCUUUCAAACAUGGAAUUUCAUGGCCAACUGAGGUAUUAUAGCGAUUCUACUUACAGAUUAUGCACAUAUAAACAACAUAUUACUCAUUCAGUCCAAAACGGGAGAUAUAGAAAAAUUACUUAUUAAUUGCCAAAGUCCCAGUCUGCAUCUUUAAGUGUAACGGUCACAUGAUGAUGUGGUCUUCUUCAGUUUCAUAGUCAGGUGUAAUGGUCACAUGAUGAUGUGGUCCUCUUCAGUUUCAUUGUCAGGUGUAAUGGUCACAUGAUGAUGUGGACUUCUUCAGUUUCAUAGUCAGGUGUAAUGGUCACAUGAUGAUGUGGACUUCUUCAGUUUCAUAGUCAGGUGUAAUGGUCACAUGAUGAUGUGGUCCUCUUCAGUUUCAUAGUCAGGUGUAAUGGUCACAUGAUGAUGUGGACUUCUUCAGUUUCCUAGUCAGGUGUAAUGGUCACAUGAUGAUGUGGUAUUCUUCAGUGUCAUAGUCAGACAGAGUCUGCUUUUGGGGAGAGUUGGGUGCCUGGCUGACAUUGAUUCCAUGGUGCGUCCUUUCCCUGGAAAAAAGAAAAGAAAUUAACAGAAAUAAGUUUUCCAUUAAGUUCUAUUGUAGAUUAUAUUAUCCACAUGAGGUUUGUACUGAGGUCAUGAACAUGCUGCACUGAAUAUUCUUGACAGUAUGUCUUUAUUCAGCUAUAAAAUAUAUAGGAAUACAGGACAUAGUGUCUUUAUUGAGCUAUGUACUAUAUAUGGAUAUAGAAAAUAUUGCCUUUAUUGAGCUGUAUACUAUACAUGGAUACAGGACAUAUUGUCUUCAUUGAGCUAUAUACUAUAUAUGGAUACUGAACAGUGUCUUUAUUAAGCUGUAUAUUAUAUAUGGAUACAUGACAUGGUGUCUUUAUUGAGCUAUAUACUAUAUAUGAUAUAGGGAACAGUGUCUUGAUUAAGCUGUAUACUAUGUAUGGAUAUAGGACAUAGUGUCUAAAUUGAGCUAUAUAAUAUAUGGAUAUAGGAAAUAGUGUCUUUAUUGAGCUGUAUGCUAUUUAUGGGUACAGCGUCUUUAUUAAGCUAUAUAAUAUAUCCGGAUAUAGAACAUAGUGUCUUUAUUGAACUAUGUACCUCAUGUGGAUACAGGACAUAGUGUCUUUAUUGAACUGUAUACCUCAUGUGGAUACAGGACAUAGUGUCUUUAUUGAACUGUAUACCUCAUGUGGAUACAGGACAUAGUGUCUUUCAGUAGAUAUUAGUGGAUAUGUAUAAAUAUAUAUAUAUAUUAUGGAUCUUCUUCAUAACCAGGUGCACAUAGCAGAUUGAUACACUGUGAUCUCUUUUAUCCGUCUCCUUAGCCUGUUGUCAUGGACACCCGAAAACAUGGCUGUGCACCCUUCUAUGGUGCUUAUGACCUCAUGUCAAACCAGAAAACAGUCAUUUCUCUUGUAAUUCAUACAGAAAUUCUAUCUUGGCACAUUGUCAGAGGCUUCAGCCACGGGCACAAACACUAUUGUUUGGUUCACGACCCUGCUGCUUGCAACACCAAGGGUUGUGGGUUUCAAUUCCUGGUGCCACACAUAAGAGAAACACUCGCGCACAUCACACUUUAGAUAAACAUGUACUAAAUUGCAGUUAGUAUUAUAUUAUAAAAAGAUAGUAUUAUGUUAUAAACAGAUAGUAUUAUAUAAUAAACACAUGGCAUAAAUAGUUAGUAUUAUAUUAUAAACAGAUAUUAUUAUAUUAUAAACAGAUGGGGUUCACACCCUGAAGGCUGAUUGGCCAGAAGUGUAUAUAUACAUAUACAGUGUCUCAGAAGACAUCCAACUGGUAUGCAAAAAAUAUUAUUACUGUUCAAAGUUGUUAAUUAUUGCAAUAAACCAUGGCUAAGAGCUGUAUCCAGGCACUCAGCACUGUGUUGUGGCUAAGAGCUGUAUCCAGGCACUCAGCAAACUUUGUUGUGGCUAAGAGCUGUAUCCAGGCACUCAGUACUGUGUUGUGGCUAAGAGCUGUAUCCAGGCACUCAGCACUGUGUUGUGGCUAAAAAGAGCUCUCAGCCAGUGGUAUAUUGGCCAUAUACCACACCCCCCUCUAAUCUCACUGCUUAAUUCUAGUUGUUAUGAAUACAGAGUAAACGUUCACUAACUUUAGGCCAAGUACAAACACACUGAAGAAGCAGUUGAGACUUUCACCCCCUGCCCCUGCCCCGCCCCUGCCCCACCCCUGCCACGCCCCUACAGCCAUCCAGGGAUACAGGAUGAAACAGUGGCAGCCACUCGGCUUGCCGUUCCUUGCCGCAGUGCCUUGUUUCUCCGGGUGCUCCUAUCCAGCCAUGGCCACCAGCUCAACCAACAGCAGGAUGCCACUACCAUCAUGCAUCACCACAAUAACCUGGAGGGGUCUCAAGCAGAGCCAUUUUCCUUACGUAGUGUGACCCUUUUGACCAGCACCUAGAAACCAGUGGACAGCAUAUAAGUGGUUAAAAGUGGUGGGGUAAGAGACAUAACCGGUGAGGCUGAUAGAGUGACCCCAGGAUAAAAUAAUAAAGUUAUAGAGUUACAGGUGGAGGAUCCUAAUUGGUUAUAGAGUUACGGGUGGAGUAUAAUAUUUGGUUAUAGAGUUACGGGUGGAGUAUAAUAUUUGGUUAUAGAGUUACGGGUGGAGUAUAAUAUUUGGUUAUAGAGUUACGGGUGGAGUAUAAUAUUUGGUUAAUAGAGUUACGGGUGGAGUAUAAUAUUUGGUUAAAGAGUUACGAGUGAAACAUUCUAAUUAGAUCCACUGCAUUGCCAGAUAAUUUUAAAAUAAUAUUUUGGUUUAAAUAAAAGCAUUCUGAAAAUAUAUAAUUUCAAAUAAAACAAUUUGGACUUCUAUAUCGACCCAUAAAAUUUUUUCCUAAAUUACAAUCCACAUAUUACUGCUUCUUUGGAUAUUUACCUGCUGCACCAAACUGGCAAAUCAAAUUAAGAUCCUAUAUCUGUAAUGUUCAGAGGAAGAGACCAUCCUGUUAGAGCUAGAGGUUGGGUUCUUUGUUUGUGAAACUCAAUCUUUCGUUCUGUGGAGGACGAAUAAGAGUGAAAAUACAAAUAAAUCUGUGUCCAGCCGCUGUAGUUAAAUCUUGGCAGUUUCACCUCGAAAAACACACUUGAUCAAACCGUCCCAGUUGGUUUGGAACAGAAUCACAGGUGAAUAGAUGGUGAAUGUCCUCAGAACCAUUCAAACAGCACCCUAUUCCCUACCUGGUCACUGGGCCCCUGGGCUACCCGGUCACUGGGCCCCUGGGCUACCCGGUCACUGGGCCCCUGGUCAAAAGCAAUGCACCUCGUUAGGGAAUUCGGUUUCACUUAGACCCCAGAUUUGGAGAGACAGCUGGACAGAUACUUAACAACACAGCUAUUAUUAUGCUGGAUAAUCAUUUGGAUCAUGAUUGUGAUGGACUCUUGUUUCUGCCUUCUUCUGUCCUGUCAGAUGAAUGAUUUGUAGUGCCAACACGUUAACCUUGUCUGUCAAAAAAAGUUUAGCCAAAUGACGUUUGGGUUUCAGAGUGACGGCGAUGGUUAUCAAAGCGUUCAAUGAUGAUUUCGAAAAGAUUCCCAUACUGCAUCUCCACCAUCUGGUUGGACGAUAAAACCAUGAGAGAUUCCAAAACUUUGUGACCACCUCAUAUCCUUGUUUCCCGUCAUUUUCCCAGCAUGCCUAGAGCUCAUCGUGAGGUGGCCCAAAAACAUAUAAGCAUGUUAGUGCUCCUUGUAAAAUGCCUUCCUUCUCUCUGCCUAUAGCUCCCUCUUGCUCUCUCUCUGUUCUGUAAAAUGCCCUCUUUAUCUCUUUCUUAAAUCUCUGUAUGCAUUGAUGUGUAGCAGGCUGUCGCGGUAUUUGGUUGUGUUCCGUUUUGUUCCGUGUGUUUGUGUCACGGCCGUCAUCAGUUCUGAAUUAGAGCCAAAAUGCUCAGAUGACAAAAAAAAAAGGUGCAUUUUAGUUUGUUAAUUAAUGAAUGAAUUAACUUGGUGCUGAACGCUGAUCUUAAGGUGCUACCACAACAGUGUGUGGGCCGCUGUGUCUCUCUCCUCCUGCAGGGCUCUCUCGUUCAGAGCAAGGCCUUUCAUCGGUCCCUCUGCCAUCUGAGGGACUUGCCUGCCUGCCUCCAAAAAACCCUAGCAGACAUUGGUGCUGGGGGAGAACAAGCAUGCACCUCAAACCCUCCCAGUUUACAGACAAACACAACUCUCUACUAACAAGGUGCCACCACUUUAUGAUUUCUCGAUCUGCACAAAACAACAACAACAAAUACUACUACUGCUGUUUUGUGGUAAUGUGUUGUGUUAUUAUUUUCCUAAUGUUUUAAGUUACAUUUUGAGUGUAAAUUAUUAUUUUUGCACUAGGAUAUUUAAUUUAGUUUUUUUUAAUAAAACAAACAAACAAAAUGCAUUAUUUUUGGCACAAGCCAAGGGCCAGAGGCAUAAAGCUCUUCUGAUUAAAGAAAUCUGGGUAAAAGUUUAGAACGUGAUUGCUGUGUCGUAAUUUUCCUGUCAUCUCUGUGUCCUAAACCUGUGUGUAUCUAAUUCUGUUGUUACUGUAGAAUUGGCUGUAAUAUUCUGUUAAAAGAUGGAUUUAAUCAUCUAAUCAAGGCGACAAUGGUAUCAAUUGAAAUAUGAAUUGCUGCUGAUUUUGUUAAAUUGUUAUCAACCCUGUUGGGGAAUAUUGGUUGGUUGAAUAUUGAUUCAUUCUUUUAGAUUGUGUUAGAUUGUUAAUGUAUUUCACAAUUCUAUUAGGCUAAUCCUAUAUUAUUUGUAUGGGAAUAUUAAAAAUGGUUGGUACAAUAGCAAAAUUAUUGCUACAUGCUGUAGCAUUUUUAUUAAACUGAAAUGUACUCAAACAACCUACAUUGAGAUUGACAUGAUAAAGAAUGAUUUAUUUGUUGUUGUUAAAUAUAAAAAUGUAAUAAAUUGUUUCAUGGAGUCCCCAUUCUGAUGUCCACUUGUACUAACCCCUUAUUUUUGGGAACAAUAUGAAUAUCAUGAAACAUAUGGUGCUAAAGUUCUUUUUGUAUGCUUUGGUUUUUAGAUGAAGAAGAUAAAUAUUAUGCCGAAAUGUCAUGUCAAGCCUUACUGUAGAUUCAUCUAUAAGACUGUUCAUCAUCCCAGAAGAGAAAAUAUAUAUAGUCUUUGAAAGUGAAAAAAAAAUAGCAGAUGAUAUUGUAUAGUGUAAACACAUUUCACCUUUUGAAAGAUCAAAAGUGGCUAUAUACAGACAUAUGUGUACAGAUGUGUGUGAUGUAUGACAUAAUACACAGUAAUGAUAGUUUCCCUGUUUAUUAAAGAGUUAUUAAUA